ACUGACUAUCAGAUCAAGAUCAAAUCUGAUACUUUUGUGAAAACUUCUCUUUUGGUCUCAGCAGUGGGUCGUUCCAGUCUUCAUGUUGUUGUGGGCAACACUACUGGUCCUGGCUUCCGCCAGUGGACAAUUUGAACGAGCUGCCCCAUCUGGACCCUUGUCCAGGUCACCUCUGGAUUCUAGAAGAAGACUUGUCCAUUUCUUGCUGUUAUAAUUAGAUACAGUUGGGAUUUUUCUGGCAACUACACCCAAGCCUGUGAUCUCCCUUCACCCUCCUUGGACCCCUGUGUUUCAAGGAGACACAGUGAGUCUGACUUGCAAUGGGUUUAGAUCUUCCUCACCAAAGAAAACACAAUGGUACAAUGGACAGAGCCCAUUAACGGAAACCAGAAACACCCUGGAUGUCUAUCAAUCGGGAAAAUACAGCUGCAGAGUUGGCACAUCACUUCUGAGUGACCCUGUGCACCUGGAUUUUACUAAAGCUACACUGAUCCUGCAAACUCCACUUUCUGUGUUUGAAGGAGACUCUGUGAAUCUAAGGUGCCUGGCAAGGGCAGGAACAGAACUAGAAAAUAUGGAAAUUUAUAAGAAUGGUGAAUUACUGGCAUUACUUGGUGAAAACAAUGACUUCAACAUUCGCAGAGCAAGUCUGGAGAACAGCGGUAACUAUCAUUGUAUGGGAGUUAAGAAAAGUAAUCACGAGCCAGUUGUUUCCAAAAGAGUGAAAAUCCAAGUCCAAGAGUUAUUUUCACGUCCUGUGCUGACAGACAGCCUCUCUGAGUCCACACAUGGCAAUCAAGUGACCCUGUCUUGUAAGACCCAGAUCCUUCCGCAGAAGUCAAAUGUCAUCCUCCAGUUCUGCUUCUACAGAAAUAACCAGUCCCUGGAGUCAGGCUGCAGCAACAACCCAGGACUCCAGAUUUCUGCCAUAUGGCCUCACUAUUCAGGUUUCUACCAGUGCAAGGCAGGAGACGUGACUUCUGGUAUUUGGAAAGAGAGCCAAAUAUCCCAAAUUUAUGAGCAAAGAGUUGCCGAAGUCCAAAAAGCCACAGAGUUUGUCACCGAAGGGCAGGAGCUGCUGCUCAUCUGCUCAGUAGAUAGGAAUCCAAAGAACAUGAAUUUCUACUGGUAUAAAAAAAGGGGGUACCUAUCCUCAGGAGCAAAAUACAAGAUCGCUUCAGUGAAAAACAGUGAUGCAGGGGAGUAUUACUGCAGGGCUGGAAGUUUUACCAGCAAGCCAGUGACCAUCAAAGUGAGAGUGCCUAUAUCCCAGCCAGUUCUCACCGCCAGGACUAGGCAGACUCAGAUUGUGGAGGGACAACAGAUCAUCUUAAACUGUGAGGUUGACAGAAGUUCUCCUGAGAUCUUGUACCAGUUUUUGCAUGAAGAUACAGUCCUGUGGGAGACAAAAACCAGUUCAAUACUAGCCAGCUUCUCUCUGACCGCAAAGCACUCUGGGAACUACUAUUGUAUAGCUAACAGCGGCUUUGGCCCCAAACGCAGCAAGGUCCUGAAGCUCUCUGUCAUUGUGCCAGUGUCCCAGCCGAUCCUCACCUUCCACCCUGCUGAAGCCCGGACUGUUGAGGGAAGCGUGUUGACACUUCACUGUGAAGACCCCAGAGGUUCUCUCCCCAUCCUGUACCAGUUCUAUCGUGAGAAAUUACUUCUGCCUAGAAGCUCAACACGCAGUGACACUGGAGCAUCCUACAGAUUCUCUCUAACAGAAGCGCACUCUGGGAACUACUACUGCACAGCAGAUAAUGGAUUUGGCUCCAAGCGAAGUAAUACCGUGAGCCUCUCUGUCACUGUCCCAGUGUCCCAGCCGAUCUUAACCUUCUACCCUGCUGAAGCCCAGACUAUUGAGGGAAGCGUGUUGACACUUCACUGUGAAGCCCACAGAGGUUCUCUCCCCAUCCUGUACCAGUUCUAUCUUGAGACAUCCCUCUUAGAUAGAAGCACAGUGCACAGUGGUGUUGGAACAUCCUACAGAUUCUCUCUAACAGAAGCGCACUCUGGGAACUACUACUGCACAGCAGAUAAUGGAUUUGGCUCCAAGCGCAGUAAUACCAUGAGCCUCUCUGUCAUUGUUCCAGUGUCCCUCCCAUUGAUCAUUUUCAAAGUGCCCAGAGUCCCAGCUGUGGUGGGGGACAUGAUAGAACUUCAAUGUGAGGCCCAGAGAGGCUCCCCACCAAUUGUGUACCAUUUUUUUCAUGAGGAUGUCAUGUUGGGAAGCAGGCAAUCCCCCUCUGGAGGGGGAGCAUCCUUCAAAUUCCUUCUCACUGAAGAACAUUCUGGAAACUACCUCUGUGAGGCCAGCAAUGUUGGGAAGACCCAGCGCAGUAAAACGGUGGUACUCAAUGUCAAAGUUCCAGUGUCCCGUCCUGCCUUCACCCUCAGGGCCUCCGGGUCCCAGGCUGUGGUGGGCAAUGUGAUGCAGCUUCACUGUGAGGCCCUGAGAGGCUCACCUCCAAUUCUGUACCGGUUUUACCAUGAGGAUGUCAUGCUGGGGAACAGUUCAGCCUCCUUUGGAGGAGGAACAUCCUUCAACUUCACUCUGACAGUGGAACACUCUGGAAACUACUCCUGUGAGGCUGACAAUGACCUUGAAGUCCAGCGCAGUGAGACGGUGACACUCAAAGUCACAGUUCCAGUGUCCCGCCCUGUCCUCACCCUCCGGGUUUCCAAGGCCCAGGCCAUGGUGGGGGAUGUGGUAGAGCUUCACUGUGAGGCUCUGAGAGGCUCCCCGCCAAUCCUGUACCGGUUUUAUCAUGAGAAUGUCGUCCUGAGGAACGACUCAACUUUCUCUGCAAAAGGAGUGUCCUUCAACCUCUCCUUGACUGCACAACAUUCUGGAAACUAUUCCUGCGAGGCUGACAAUGGCUUGGGGGCCCAGAAGAGUGAACUGGUGACACUUUUUAUCACAGGGCCAACCGAGAACAGAAGUGCUGUAGCUACAGGAGUCACUGGGGCACUACUCAGCAUACUGGGCCUUGCUGCUGGAGCGUUGCUGUUUUAUUUCUGGUUCUCAAGAAAAGCAGGAGAGAGAUCUGCCUCUGACUUCUCCAGGAACCCUUCAGAUUUGAACCCCCAAGAGACCACUUACCAAAACGUACCAGGCUGGAUAGAACUGCAACCAGUAUACAUCAAUGUAAAUCCUAGAGAAAGAGACGUGGUUUACUCAGAAGUACGAAGAAACAAAGGAGAAAAUAAAUACGCAGCAGCCUCCAGACCCAAGAUUCUCACGAACGAGGGCUCCCCUGUCAUCUACUCCCAGGUGAAAGUGGCCUGCACCCCAGCCUCCAGGGUCCAGCAGUCAGCCACCUCAGAUCCUCACAGAUGAGUUCACAUGGCUUCCCAGCUGCUGCCUCAAGCCUCUGCACCUCAGUGCUACAAUGGGGAAGUGGGAGCACUGAGUGCAAGAUUUAAACUCCCCCAGACUACAUGCAGCAUCCUUUAUGCUAAAUGUUCUGCUCCCAGGCCGACCGGAGCACAUGGCCCUUCUGCACUUCAACCUUCUCUUAGGUUACAGCCCUGAACUAGUGGUUCUUUCUAUUUAAUAAUAAGCUAAUCCCAACCCAGGGCCUUCCUGAAUGCUGACUUGCUCAGUGAGCUCCAUGCCUUGGUGGCACCCACAUUCCCUCUAUGAGACUAUUCCUCAGUUCCUGCAAGGAGGUCCUGCUUUCAAUGCAUGUGUUUCUCAAUUGCCAUCUCCUGGGGAUUACUGUGGCUGAACAAGAAGCAUGCCACCCCACUCCAACAAGGGACUCAUUGCUGGCCUCCCUACAGUGAAAUGGUGCUUGAUACUGUUAUACCUGCCUCAGACUCCAGGGUCAGGACCUAACAAGAGAGUUACUUCUCUACUGCCCGUGAACCAACAUCUACACCCAAGUAACAGAUGCCAUUGGUCCAGGGAUGAUCCAGAAAGCCAAAGCCCUUUAGGUCUGGUGCCCUCAUGUGACUCCAGACAGGCCAUUCAUGUGGAUCAUGCUGGUCCUGAGCCAACCUUCAGCCAGAUAGCCCCUAUCUGCUGGAGUCAAGAGAAUUUCACCAUGGCAUCUUGGGUUUCAUCAGCCACAAUUGACAGAGGAAGGUGGAGGUCCCUGCCUUGGUGUACCUCAUCUUGGGCCUUACAAUCUCAAUGUGGAAACAGUGAAUAAACAUGCUUUCUUUAAGAUGA